UUCCAACAACCAAUGAAUGAGCAACUCCGCUGGAAAUCAGGAUGCAUAGCUAGAUAUUAAACGUUGAAAGGCCAGUCUCUUUCGCAAAUGACAGGAGUGGAAUGAUAGCUAUACAGUCUGGUACUCAGACACACUAUUGUAGAUGUGCCUCUUUGUUGCAAAGCUGUAACCUGCUUUAGAUAACGGGACCACUAUCCUGAGCGACCUCUGGCAUGUUGAAAGCUUUCAAAAUAUGUCUGUAAUCCCCGCCCAAGGCCACACGGACUCCACAGAUAGAACAAGGAGCGACGACUCACCGGGAAUGACGCUAAUCUCAAUCACUGAUUGGACAAACGUCCCAAAUUAAUGGAGCGAGGGCAGUUCCGGGAUUCCAACAUAGGCCUAGCAAACUAGCUAGUAGCCAACUAGCCUCGGGACCCGAAACGCACCCAAAUAUUAAGUACUUGAAAACAUCUGCCCUGGACGUCAGGGGGUGCCAUCUUAGACAACAACAGUGUGUGACAGAACACUGGAGCGUGUGCAAAUAAAUAGAGGGAGGGAGAGAAAGAAGUGGACCUGCAGUUGUCGGAGUGGCUUAUUCUUCUUUCUGUGUGGCUCCAUUUCAAAGGCAUAAUGGGAAAAGAGGCGUGUCUACGGCAAAACCGUGGCGACACAGAUUUGGGCUUUGUUUGUGAUGAAUUGAUUUUACCUGCACUGUCACAAAGACUGAAACAAAUGGCUAGAUAAACAGCUAAUUGGUCCAGUUGACCCAACGAGACUGAUCUCACCGCUCUCUCAUACUGACAGAGUACUGAAAUAGUGGAUAAAACAUUUGAAAUAGCUUUUGUGUACACGUUUUAAUGUUUGAAAAAGCUGCAAGUGGACUUGGAUUUUUGCUGGGCAGCUUUAAGACUGGCUUAAAAUUGAGAUUUUUGUUGUUUUCUCAACGGCUGCCUCCGCAGGAUAUAGAGCCUGGAACUCUCUCCUUUGCAAGCAUUCUGUCACACUUUUCACUAUCACACAAACUCACAAACACACAUUCAGUGCCUAGAUACACCUUUUAUAAGACCAGAGUUCAGUCGAUGGUCACUGCUCUGCUAGAGAACCCUGUUCUGCUGUUUUUAUAGGAUGUUCUGUUACUACCUCCUAAUUUCCACCCCCCUUUUCCUCACAUUUCCUUUACAAGAGAGUUUGUAAAUAAACUCUUAACACUCAAGCACAGAGUAAUAGCUGAUGAGUAUUGAUAGUUUUCGAUGCCUGUGGAGGAUUGGUUUGUUGUCUCACCAGGUCAGAAAGUGGUUGUUAAAGCAGUUAAUUGUGUGUGCGCUUGUGGGUCUUUGUUGCACUAGACAGGAGAGAUUUUCUUGAGUUUUAUUUAUAUUGUUGAACCAAAUAAGGUUACAUGAAAGCCAUACAGAAAUAUUUAUAAAAGUCGCAUUAUUUUUGUAUCAUAAUAUGGUAUAGUUUUUAAAAGAUGUAUAAAAUGUAUAUAAUCUAUAUAUACCUGCAAAGAUCUACACACAUGCAAACAAAGGUGUAGACUUUACUAUAAAGUCAUUCUUUUAGUUUUUAAGUGGUUUUAUUGGCUGAAGUGCAAAUAACUGGCUAGCUUUCUGUAAGAUGUUUCUCCCAAAUGGCUGCUUUGUGUAAUAUUACUAGUGCUGGUACCUAAGACCAUCAUGCCCCCUUAUCCCAUACGGACGCUGAGGUCUUCCCUCUGACCCUUCCACCACCCUUCUACCUCUCUCUCUCCCUCCCUCCCUCCCUCUGAUGCCGGGGUUUAGUAGUGGGGGGCUAGGGGGGGAAGUGGGUGGCCCCGCCUCUUCUUCUCCCCGCCGGUUCCACCCCAGUCGCUAUGUACCCGUCUCCGCGGCAACCACCUUCCUGGUCGCCUCCACCACACUCUUCUUCUGCUUCACGUGUCCGUGGUUGUCAGAGCAUGUCUCCUCCGUCAUUCCCAUCUAUAACGCUGUGGUCUUCCUCUUCACUUUCGCCAACUUCUGCAUGGCCACCUUUAUGGACCCAGGGGUCUUUCCCAGAGCGGAUGAGGAUGAGGAUAAAGAGGAUGAUUUCCGCGCUCCGCUCUAUAAGACAGUGGAUAUCAAGGGCAUUCAGGUCCGGAUGAAGUGGUGUUCAAGCUGCCGCUUCUACAGACCGCCCCGCUGCUCACACUGCUCUGUGUGUGACAACUGUGUGGAGGACUUUGACCACCACUGUCCGUGGGUGAACAACUGUAUUGGGCGCAGAAACUACCGUCACUUCUUUCUGUUCCUGUUGUCGCUGACGAUCCACAUCAUGGGUGUGUUCGGCUUCGGCCUGCUCUACGUCCUCCACCACCAGCACCAGCUGGACAGGGUUCACUCCGCUGUCACUAUGGCUACAAUGUGUGUUGCUGGCCUCUUCUUCAUCCCAGUAGCAGGUCUUACUGGUUUCCACAUGGUACUGGUAGCUCGGGGUAGGACCACUAAUGAGCAGGUCACAGGGAAGUUUAGGGGCGGAGUUAACCCUUUCACCAAUGGCUGUCUGAGGAACAUCUCACACGUGCUCUGUAGCGCUCAGGCUCCCAGGUAUGUGGAGCGGUGGCGGGGCAAACAGACAGCGGAGGUGCAGCCUCCCUUCCUCCGCCCUCCUCUCUCCUCCGCCCAGCUAGAAGCCAAAGUCCUGGACAACGGCAUCCAGAACGACUGCCACAGCACCAGGUCUAAGAGCAGUUUAGAGCAGAUGGAGAGCCAGUCAGCCGACGCAGAGCCUCCACCUCCUCCCAAACCGGAGCUCCGCUACCCUGGCCUGCCCCGCGCUGACACCGAGGAGAGCAGCUUGCUGUCUGAAGGUCCGCCCACUCCCUCUAUGUACAAGUACCGGCCGGCCUAUAGCAGCCCACAGAGGAACCACACCGCUCUGACACACCCAAACAAGAUGAUUAGUGGGGACAGUCUUGACUCUCCCUCCAUCCUCCAGUCGAGUUGCCAGCCCAGCUAUCGGUCUGAGCCCAGCACCCUGGAUGGGGGGUCGAUAAUAGAUCCACCUCUCGCCCAGGCUUUGCCAAUCACAGCACAUCCAAACCAGGGGGCGGGGUGAAAAAGGUGACUGGCGUCGGAGGGACAACCUAUGAGAUAUCGGUUUGAGUGACAGACGUCCGCCCCGGCCAAUGAUAGAAAGAAGAUUGUUCCACUGGACAGAUUCCAAUUUUCUUACUCUGACGGACUUCAAGAUGGAUAUUCACUAAAAUGCACCCACACAAUGAAUGGACUAUACUCUCCUCUUGGUCAAUAUGGAGUUGGAUAGUGGAAUAGAAGUGUGUUGGCUCACUGGAACUUCAAUGACCUUCGUAUCCUUAUAAUGCCACUGGCCAUCUUUAUAUAGAAUGGCAACUGAAGUGGAACUCAAUGUUGAUCAGUGUUGGAAUGGGACAACCUUACCUCGGCCUCUCUGUGAGCCAUAGACUGUAUAACAUGAACGUUAUUAUGACUGCUGGGUACUAAACUCUCUCUAUAACACUUAUAUAAAAAUAUGAUUUGUUUUGGUACAUUAGCACAUGGAGAAUUUAUGCGAUAAAAUAUAAUCCUGGAUGUAAGUAGGGCUUUUUAACCAAUCAGUAUGGAGCCUGAGAGGGAGUGUAUGGACUGGUGACCAAUUGUGGCACUCCGUGGUUCGAGACUUCCUGCCCCAUCAUAUGGAUGGACCAAUCACAAUGGAUCACCACUCCACAGUAGUGACUAAUUAAUUAGUCUGCAGUGAUUUUUCAAAGACCGUGCAGAGAUGAUGCCUCAACCCCUACAAACAAUUUAAUUUUAGUUUUAUAAAUAAAGCUUUUGUUUUUUAA